AUGUCCGACCCCGUCCUCUUCGAAGACACCUUCACGAUCAACUCGAUCAAUGCCCAGAAGUAUGAUCGCGUCUCGCGCCUGGAAUGCGAGAACCGCGACAAGUCUAUUACCUUCACUCUGGACGUGAACACGGAGCUUUACCCAUGCGCCGUGGGCGAUUCGGUCCGAAUGGCGAUCGCCUCGACUCUUUCUCACGACGGCAAGGAGGAUAGCCGCACGAGCUGGCGCGAGGUCAGCAAUGGUGAGCCCAGCCUUGCCGAUAACUACGAUUACGUCUGCCACGGAAAGGUCUAUCGGUUUGCGGAGGGCACUGAGAAGGACACAAUGGCCGUCUUUGCUUCUUUCGGUGGCCUCCUUCUCUACUUGGUCGGUCCUUACGCCAAGACCAAUCCUCUGCGUAUCGACCACGUCUAUCUCCUGAUGAAGAAAUAA